AUGAGCAACAAAAUUGGGAACGUUGUGGAGAAGUGGACCAUUUAUUAUGAGAAGGGUUCGGGAUUUCGAGUGGAACAGGAAUGUGCUCAUCAUGAUUAUGGAAAAUUGAAUGCUCAUUCUGGUGGUGCUCGAGCAUUAAUGGCAAAAGAGAAAUUAAUCACGCGAGAUGAAUUUAUGCAAAAUAUUUCAAAAUUUAAAUCCGAGACGGAGGCAGCCUAUCAACCCACACAUAAAUUGAAAGGGAAAGAAUUAGAGCUGGAUAAAAAAGACACAGAAUUAGUAAAUAGACAAAUUGAAAUGUUUAACACACGACUCAUGAAAGAAAAAUCAGUCUCUCUUGUUUUUUCUGAGGACAUCAAAUUUCAACCUAAAGUGGAUUGGCCAACCUGCGCAGAAAAUAUACGAUUAAUGUCAAGGAGUAAAAAAUCGUUGGAUUAUGAGGAAAUCAAACGAAACUAUGAACGAAAAUUGGUCGAAUAUGAAAAUACUUUGAAAGAAAUUGAGAUGGAAAAUAUGGAAAAACGAAAAAGAACUCGCUUCUCCAAUUUUGCAAGUAUUACGCGAGAUCGUUUUGAGAAGGCUGAAAAUAUUAGGUUCAACAAAACUAAGAAACCAAAGAAGCUCAAAAAAUCUCAACCAGAGGAAAAUACAGAAACUAACAAGAACACUGAGUACCAAACAAACGACAGUAGUAGUGAUGACGACGAGGAUGAGUAUGCCAAAGAAUUUGCCUCAUGUGUGGUAACCUACGACUCGAUUAUUGAAUUUGCAAAGGAAGCAAAACAACGAGCUGAGAAACGAUAUCUAGAAGAGCUCAAAGAUGGCCUUCCCCUCUACGAUCUAUAG